AUGGAAAUUUUCUUUGACAAACUCACCAAGUACAUUGGAAAGAAUGUCAAACAACUCAUCAAUGAUAAAUAUUCGUUCCGAUUUCAUAAAGAUAAGGUGUUUUAUUUGAGCAAUCAAGUAUUACAAUUUGCAGAGAAUAUAACGUUUGAACGACUGAAAACCAUGGGUGUGUGUUUCGGUAAAUUCAGCAAAUCGAAAAAGUUUAAACUGGAGAUUACUUGUUUGGACUAUGUGGCUCAAUAUGCCGAGUAUAAAGUGUGGGUGAAACCUCAGGCGGAACUCUCCUUCCUGUACGGAAAUCAUAUUUUGAAGACUGGUCUCGGAAAGAUGACUGAAGACUGCCCACAAUAUCAAGGAGUUGUUGUUAUGAAUAUGAAUGAUGUUCCGUUGGGAUUUGGUGUUACAGCCAAAUCUACGGAAGAGUGUAGAUAUGUAAAACCAACAGAUAUUGUUUGUUUCCAUCAGGCCGAUGUUGGUCAAUAUUUGAGAGAUGAGGAUACUUCUUCCAUGUUUUAA